AUGACGGGCCACCGGGGCAGGCGGCGGGACCGCAGCCACCGGCGUGGUGGCCGCGGCGAGAACCGAAGUCCCGCAGCGGCCAAGUACCGGUCCCCGCAACGUCACCCAAGCGCCGGCAAAGGACGCGAGCGACGGUCGGCGUCGCGGCGCUCCUCUGUCUCCCAUUCCUCAUCGCGCAACGAAAGGAGACGCCGCCUGGCCGUCGCCGGCGCCGCGUGGCUCCUGGCCGCGAUCCUGACCGUGCUGGGGGGCAUUGGCAUCGGCACGCUGGCCGUGCGCUACGCCGACUUCUUCCAGCGUGUGGCGUCUCCUUCGGCUCCUCCACCCCGGAGCUACCGCCCGGCGCGGAGGUUGGACCCCGACGGUUCCUACAUGGACUCGCCGGGCUUCAUUAAGAACAAGGGCGCCGACGCCGAGCCGGUGGAGACGUGCGACUCGGACGUCUGCCUCUGGGAAGGGCGCAACUUGUACGAGAAGUUCAACGAGUCCGUGAACCCGUGCAACGACUUCUACGGCUACGUCUGCGGCUCGAGCAACUGGUACCGGGACGGCCAGCGGAUCGACGCUCGACCCUACCGCAUACACAGCCCCGGCCAACUCAUGUACGACCUGGCCGAGCUGCAGCGGCGCCUCUACCGGCUUCGCGGUGACCGCUACCGCCAACAGCCGACGCUCUUCACGAACCAGCUACUAUUCUUCCUCAGCAACUGCACCCAAAAGGAGAAGAACGACUCUGUCUGGCUGACCAUGAAGAAGAUAUUUUUCGAAAAUCUGCUUCAAGGUUGGCCUUUCAAGAAGGACCCUAAGAUGUUGAGGAUCUCUGACACAGCUAUGGUCCUGGACAAGUACAUUGGCCUCUUCGCCUUCGUCAGAGUGUCCCUGCGCAAGGACCUCGAAGACGACGACUACGAGGUGCACCUCGAAGCCCCGGAGCUCAUGCUCAAGAGGCACCAGCUCGUCUACCCGUACGAGUCCGUCGCCGACUACGCCAAGCGAGUCGAGAGGCUACUGUCCAUCUUCACCAACGCCAGCAUGGUCAAGGCUGCAGAGGACAUCGUGCAGUUAGAACAGAGGCUCUUGAUGAUCAAGGAGCCUCGAAGGUUUCUUCCGUACGACAACCGGACGGCCACCAUCAAGGAGCUGCAGCGACGCAAUGCAUGGCACUGGUUGACCUACCUGAACUUCCUGCUGGAGGACGCGGGCGUCCAGUUCCACCGACAGUCCAGCGUGGUCCUGCUGGACCGCGAGUACGUCACGCGCUUGUCCUUCCAACUGAGCAAGUUCUCGGGCAAGACGCUACUCAACUACCUCGGCUACGCCAUGAUCGUCAAGUUCUCCCCGCUCCUGCCCAGCGACGUCGACUUCGUCGUGCCGCUGAGCCACGACAACUACCUCGAGACAGUGCCCGAACUCCUUCAGGCAUGCGUCCACAUGCUUGAAGACUUGUGCCCGUACCUGGUCCGGAAGAUGGCGCGAAUGACGCUGGGCCGGGAGAACGCCACCACACCUCAGUGGCACUACGACGAAGAAAUGCACAAGCUCAUCUACCUCGUCCGGGAGAGCAUGAAACAGACGGUGCAGAGGGCACCCUGGCUUAGUCAGGCGGAAGUAGACGCCGCUUCGCAGAAGAUCGAGAAGCUUCGAGUCGACUUCCUGGCUGCCAGGGAGAGCGAGGAGCAGGUGAACGCCUACUACCCUCAGUACGUCAGUCCGUUCCCGGCCGACGACACGCUACUCGGCUACUACAAGCUGCUGAACGAGACCAUGUCCUUCUACUGGAUCACCAACGCGUCGUACGACCUGGACGCCCGCUACCAGGCCUCCUCCCUGGUCGCCGGAGAAGUCGAGUACAUCGCCGAGAAGAACCUCAUCUUCAUCCCGCACGGUCUCAUCGCGUUCGCCAGCAACAUCUCACAGACGUUCGACCCGCUCUUCGUGCCGAUAAUUGUGCCGGCCAUCUUGCGAGCCAUGUUUGCCGCCGUCGACCUGCGCGGUUCGACCGUCACCUUCCAGAAUCAGGUGGUCGACUGGUGGUCGAACGCCAGCCGGUCCAAGUUCGCCUCGAAGCUCCAGUGCUUCCAAGAUCAGUACGUUGCCGAGGCGCAGGCCGUAUUGGCCCUCGACAUCGACGAGGACUUCUUCCUGGAGGAGAACGUCGCGGACAACGCCGUCAUGCACCCGCUUCACGACGUCUACCGCAAGGCGAUGCACCUGUCGCGUCACACCUCUCGCGAAGCACGGGUCCCGGGUCUGGAGUCUUUCACCAUGGACAAGCUGUUCUUCAUGAACUACGCCAUGGCCCAUUGCGACCGGAUCAGCCCGAAUCUGGCUCGCAGGCGGGUGCUCUACAAGGACGGAGUGCCGGCUAAGCUGCGCGUCAACGUGCCGCUCAAGAAUUACCCCAAGUUUGCCGAGGUCUUCAAGUGCCAGCACAACGCUCCUAUGAACCCGGAGAACCGUUGCGAGCUGUGGUGAAGCGAGAA